ACCCCUGGGGGUCCCCGGACCCCACUUUCAGAACCACUGUCUUAGACUGCAUCAAGGAAGAUUUUAUUUUGAAAAUGUUAAACGGACAUCCCCUUUACUCUAAUGAGCUUGACAUUAGUUUCCUCAGCUGAAAAUGUCCAGUUAGAGGAAAUCUUGAUGAGGGUCAAAUACUUCUGUUAAACACACUCCAAGCUUAUUAUUGGAUGUAGUUUUCUCACUGUGGACAUUUUCUUUGAUAGAAAGAACUUAUAACAUGUUCCUGAGAAGGGUUUUAUUUUGACAGUUCACACAGGAAUCGCUAUUUUUAAGCUGGCGGACUUCUAAAGUCAACUAUGGGUACGUGGUAGGUACCCAGCGGGUUUUUUUCCUUCACGUAGUGGUAAACUGAUAGGUGUUGAACAGCCAAGCCGGAGACAAAGCAUGCUUCCUCGCAGGCAGGACUCCGCCAUGAAAAGGGCCGCAGGAGGACGCAGCGGCUCGGUUAUAAACUUCAGGACCACGGUGAACUCGGGCUCAGGCCGCCGCAGCUCCGCCGUGCUGCCGUCGGUGCUGACGUUCCUGGUCAUCGUAGCCUCCGGAGGCCUGCUGCUCAUGAUAGAGAAAGGAAUGCUGAACAGCAUGGAGACGCCUCCACCCCGGGGUGACGGCAAGCGGCUGGGUUUCAUCCGCCAGGCUGGGAAGCACAGUCCGGCUGCUGCGGACGUGGAGUACCAGAUCCUCCAAGAGAUCCGUAACCGGACCAUCAGGACCAUGUGCAGCCAAAAGAACAUGCCCCACAGCAUUUGGACCCUGAGCCCCCUGCAGAGGAAGACGCUGCUGCAGCACAUCCUGGUGAAUGACAAAUACCACUUCCUCUACUGCUACGUCCCCAAGGUGGCCUGCUCCAACUGGAAGAGGGUUCUGAAGGUCCUGAGCGGAGCCCUAGAGAACGUGGACGUCAACAUCAAGAUGGACCACCGUAGCGACCUGCUGUUUCUGUCCUCUCUGAAGCCCGAGGAGAUCCGCUACCGCCUCAAGCACUACUUUAAGUUCAUGUUUGUGCGCGAGCCCAUGGAGCGCCUGCUUUCUGCGUACAGGAACAAGUUUGGAGAGAUCGAGUCCUACAAGAAGAAGUAUGGCGUGGAGAUCAUAAAACGGUACAGAAAGGGCCACGCCAAGGACACAUCGCUUACUGGAGACGAUGUGACGUUUGCUGAGUUUGUCCGUUACUUGCUGGACGAGGACGUGGAGCGCAUGAAUGAGCACUGGAUGCCAGUGUACAACUUAUGCCAACCAUGUGCUGUGUCCUAUGACUUUAUUGGCUCCUAUGAGCACCUUGAAAGUGACGCAGAGUUUGUGCUCCAACACAUCGGGGCACCUCCUUACGUUCACUUCCCAGAGAGGCAAACGUGGUACAAGCCGGUCACCUCAGAGACUUUACACUAUUAUCUAUGCAGCUUACCACAGAAGCUACUGAGGGAACUCCUGCCCAAGUAUAUUUUAGACUUUUCCCUCUUCACUUAUCCCCUCCCCAACACAACCACUGAAUACUGCCGGCAUUAAAUGUUUUAUAGUAUUAGAGAUUAUUUUUAUAGAGAAUCAUUUGUACUACUUUUCUUCCUGGGGAACAAACAGUAUUUUGAUAGCUGUUACACAUUUUUACUUGAGAUGUCCUCACAUCAUUGCAAAAUGCUGAUUGUUGGAAGAGAUGGAGACUGACUGCAAAACCACUAAAGCUUGAAAUCAGCUGCAAAGUAAAAAGAUGUUACUGAAAUGUAAAUCAUGUUGUCGUCCAACUUCAAUACGUUCCUGUUAAGCACUGUUACUGUAAAUGAACCGAUUCAGUAUAUAAGGAUGGAAAUGUUAACACGGUUGUAAGAUCAAACUUUGUAUUUUGCUUAUUUCUUCAUCCAGAUAUGAGAGAAGGUAAAGGGUUAACCGCUUCAGCGGGCAUUCAGUGGUUUAGCAGGCUUAAACGCACCAUGUACUCAGCGAGAUGUGGGUUUUAAAUCAAGCUUGUGUUUUCUUUGUAUGUCACAGCCUCUUAUUCCCAUCUUUCCUAUAACCCUCUACUAUUUACCAUUGAAUAAAACACAAGUUAUAAAGGUGAUGUGUAAACUAA